AUGACGAAGCCAAAUCCCUACCCCGAACUGAAGUUCGAGAAGAAAAAUAAAAAUAUGCGAAGGGUCCCCAGCUAUGCACGGAUUCAAAAGCGGCCAAUCCCGCAUCCACCAUCUGCCUCUCCUUAUGCCGGCGCGAAAGUUCCUAAAGUAGUUUAUGUUUCAACCAAGACACCAUUUAUGAGCGCCGCGAAGCGCGUGCAGAAACUGCUCAAACAUGCAGAAAGACGGGCAACAGCUAAGAUCGAUCUAAGUGAGAAAAUUAGCGAGAAACAGAAGCUCACACAGCUUACUGAGAGUGCUGAUGAUCUUAAAAAAGAGGAGGUUUUCAUCAAAGCGACAGGGCGAGCUAUAGAGAAGGCGAUGAGCAUUGGGAAUUGGUUUGCGGCAAAAGAGGAGUACGCGAUUAGGGUGAAUACUGGGGCCGUGAUGGUGGUGGAUGAUAUUGUGGAGGAUGAUAAGCUUAAGCGGAAACAGGAGGGGAUAGAGAAGGAUGAAAAGGAAGCUGUUUCUGGCACUCCUAAAGAAACGCCAGGUGAAGUUUGUGUCAACCCAAAGUCCGCAGAUGAUGUAGACAACUGCAAUGUUGCGUCAUUACAAAAAUCGAAACCCUCAACAAAAAAAAGGAAACGAAAGAAUGAGGCCGUCGACUCAACGGGAGAACUGCUAGAAUCUCGAACACGUUGGGUGAAUAUGGUAGAGAUUGCAGUCACGUUGAAAUGA